AUGAUGAUUACAAUUUUACCACUUUUCAAUGAUGAUGGUAUUUUUGUAGUAGCGUACGAAUUACACUCACAAGAGAACUUCGGGGACUUCAAGAGAAAAUUUUUUAACAUAAUGGACAGUUUUUGUGCUCCACAGUGGACAGACUUCAUGUGCCCACAAACUCCUUCUGACAGUUAUUUUGAAAGAGAACAUGAGGAACAUGAACGGCAACUGCAGUUCAUUACUAACUUUAAGCUGUGCAAAUCCUUACAGUAUAAGGAAGAGAAUUUAAAUGAGCAACAGGUCAAUGAAACAAACUUUGAUGACAGUUUAGAACCAGAACCACCUGCAUGUACUAAUGUAGUGUAUUUUAUACCACAUGACAAUAAGAAACAGCCUGCAGAAGACAUGAAUUUAAACAAUGCUGUGAAAAACUUAAAACUAGAUGAAAUGUCCAGUAAAAUCCACCAAACAUGGAGUAUACCUGUAAGUGAGCUAACAUCUGCCUUUAAGGUGUCAACAGCAAAACAUAAAUUUAGAACAGCUGCACCUGAGAAGAUUAAAAAUAUGUCAAAAACAAAGAAUACUGUUCUUGGUUUUUCCUCAAAGAAUAUUGUUAAAAAGAAAAACAAUGUACAAAUUGGUUUGACAAAGGAUAAGAGCAAGUCAGUGGCAAAAACAAAGGCUGAUAAUUGUGUAAAUAGUCUUUCUGAGGAAAGAUUAUCUUUCAAAAUCGUAUCUGCCUCCCCGAGAAAAUUAAAUUCGUUUAAAACGAAACAAUGCUCCUUGGGUAAAUCACAGCCUAAGGUGCUCACUUGUCAAUAUCGCAGGCGAAGUUUGAUGAAGUACCGUAGGUGCUCAAACCAGUUUGUAAGUCUGGCAGAGGCUGUUUCAAAAUAUCAAAAUGGUACACCUCAGAGAUUCCGUACAAUUAGUAAUAAGGAUUUAAAACCAGGUCCUCUAACGAAAUUAAAACAAUCUCCAUUGAAGCUCACUUUUCCAGUUUCUCCUGCACUCAGAUCUAAGCAGAGGAGGAGAAAGACUACUAUUUUAAGUGAACAGGAGCGUGAAAAGUUAGAGCUUGAAGAAAGAAAGAAACACCAGGUCAAAGCAAAUCCCAUACCAAUUAAUAUUUUAAAGGGUCCAUCUGUGUUGAAGAAGGUGGCCAAGAAACCAACCACUAUCACAGAGGAGUUCCAUUUGACUCAGUCUAGGAAAACUCGUCACACAGCAAGUGUCCACCAGAUGAAUUUACAGCAGAAUGAUGAGGAACAGAAGCCUAAGAAAGUUUUGCCCAUCACAAGAUCCAGCAGUGCUUCGAAUGUGACCAUCAAAAAGGAAAAUGCAUACACAAAGUCUACUGUGGAUAAGCCCAACAAAUUUGGCUUUGAAAUUCACAAUAAGGAGUACCAGAUAAAGAAAGAGGAGAAAUUUAAGAAUUUACAUGUUCAAAACACCAACAAAGUAAAGUUUCAUGCAAGGCCUGCACCCAAUUUUUCCAAGCCAACUAAUCCAGUUAAACAGCAGGUUACAAAGAAGAGAAUAGUGGUUCCUUGUCCCUUCAGUUUUGAGGAGAGGAAUAAGACUCUGGCCAAGAAAAAGGAGGAAUUGGUUAAACAAAUGCAGGAGCAGGCUAAGAAGGCACAUGUAUUUCAUGCCAAUCCUGUGCCAAGCUUCAAGCCAGUUUUGGUACAUGGAUUGUCUAAAGAAAAUUUACGGAACAAGGACAAGACAGCAACCAGUUCUAAGGAACUUGUAACAAGACAGACCAAGAGUUACAAUGACCAGGAGAACAGACAGCCUAACAUUAUGAACAACACUUCAAUUUGCGUGAACCCAAAGAAAAAGGAAGUAAUGCAACAUAUUGCAAAUAAUGAAUCUGAUGAGAAAAAAGUUAAAAAUAAUGUGGAUAUUGUAGAUGCUAAAAAUGAGAAACUGAAAACUUCUCAAAAGAAAAUUUCCAAGUUUGAAUUGAAUACCGAUAAGAGAGCUAAGGAGCGAAAUGUAUUCGAUGACAAGAUCAGGAAGAAGGAGUUGGAUCUGGAGAUGAAGAGGCAAGAACUCGAAAAAAGUAGAUUAUUGAAAGAGAAAAUGGAGAGAGCAGAAAUGCGAAAAAUGGCAGAGGUGAAAGCCAGACCAAUGCCAGUCUACAAACCUGUGGUUGUUUUGAAAUCAACAAAGCUUCCAACCUGUCCACACAGUCCUGCAUGGGGAAAUAGACCCAAACCAAAAAGUAUUUCUUAA